AUGAAUGGACCAAGAGACAUCAUCGCUCCAUUCUGGGCAGAUCUCGAUAACAGGCAGAGAGGUCAGAUCUACUACGACCAAUUCACCAGCGGCAGUAUCCUCCAACAAGCUACACAGGACAUAAACCAGUAUUUCCCAAGACUGAAAUUUAAUGCCAACUGGGUCUUUGUUGCAACAUGGUAUGAAGUGGCCUACUUUCCAAUUUCAAGAACGGAAACCACUGCCCAAGCAGUCUUGAUCUCUGGUGGAAACUACUCAUUUGUCCUGAUGAAUUAUGGGAUAAUAGCUGCAACAAAGUACAGCGUACAGGCUGGCUAUGACACAGUUGACUCCAUUCAUCAUUUCUCCAUCCCUGGAUCAUUCUCUGACAGCGCAACAGGCAACAAGUCAAAUUUCCGCCUGAGCAGCAAUGUCAAUGUACCCGGGCGAUGGGCUUUCCGGGUUGACCAUGGAUCAAAAGGUUGCACUUAUAUUGGCGUUUUGACUCCCCAUAGCCCAAGACCCCUCUACCCUAUGUCAGGAUCUACAAGCCAUAUAUCCGAUGAUGAAAGUCCUCCUGUAGUAACACUGCAACAAUCUUUUGACUAUUUUGGGCAGACCUACAAUCAAAUUUAUGUGAACCAGAAUGGACACCUGACAUUUAACCAACCACUUAGUGAUUACAUUGCUAAGAAGUUUCCAAUGUAUGGACCAAGAGACAUCAUCGGCCCACUCUGGGUAGAUCUUGACAACAGAGAGUUGGGUCAGAUCUACUACAACCAAUACACCAGCGGCAGUGUCCUCCAACAAGCUACACAGGACAUUAACACGUAUUUUCCAAAACUGAAAUUUAAUGCCAACUGGGUCUUUGUUGCAACAUGGUAUGAGCUGGCCUACUAUCCAAAUUCAGGAACGUGCACAACGUUCCAAGCUGUCUUGAUCUCUGGUGGAAGCUACUCAUUUGUCCUGAUGAAUUAUGGGUGGAUAGCUGCAACAAAUCGCAGUGUUCAGGCUGGCUAUGACACAGUUGACUCCAUUCAUCAUUUCUCCAUCCCUGGAUCAUUCUCUGACAGUGCAACAGGCGUUAAGUCAAAUUUCCACCUAAGCAGCAAUGUCAAUGUACCCGGUCGAUGGGCUUUCCGGGUUGACCAUGGAACAACAGGCUGCAUUUUCAAUG